UUGGGCAAGAGGAGAGCCUGGGUGUUUGCAGAUUUGGAGUUGGGCUGGAUGACAAGUCUGGGUGUUUAACAGUGUGGAACUGGGCAAGGUGGGGACAGGUGUGAGCUGGAUGACAGCUGAUUUGUUUUUAGGGACAGGGGAAGAAUUUCUCGUUGUGAAGAGGCAGGGGGGUAGAGAGUUAUCUGUUUGCAAAUAGACCUGGUGGGUUGGGAGGUAUUUAAUUUUGCACGAGGCAAGAUAUUAUUCUGACUUGCAUUGCUAGCACUUGAAGAGGGUAUACAUUCCUCUUCUAGAAGGCCUGAAUCAAGGGUGUUUUAUAAUAGAGGCGGGGAUUAGGGCAUUUUAUUUGCAAUAGGCUGGAUGGGGGGUGACGGUAUUUGCUUUUGCACCGGGCCGAGAUGGGGUGGGUUUUAUUUUGCACUGAAGAGGAAGGGUAUUUGGUGUUGUAUUGCGCCACGGUGGGGAAUUUCCUUUUUUUUGCAGUCGGGCAUCAGAUCCGAUCCGCUGGCAAUUUGCCGCAACCUCCAAGAGGACCAGUCAUGAAGACACAUCUGACCAUGAACAAAUUUCAGCCUUCAGCCCUUAUUAGUCUGGUGUUGAUGGUCUCUUGGCUAGUAGGAACAGGGCAACCUAGUUCAGUCGAAGAUGAAGCAAGGGACAAAAUCACGGUCUUUACUAGAAUUCUUGACCGAUUACUGGAUGGCUAUGACAACCGGUUAAGACCAGGAUUAGGAGAGAGAAUAACGGAAGUGAAGACUGACAUCUAUGUAACCAGCUUUGGACCAGUUUCAGACACCGACAUGGAAUAUACAAUUGAUGUAUUCUUUCGACAAAGAUGGAAAGAUGAAAGGCUUAGAUUUAAGGGUCCAAUGAACAUUCUUCGAUUGAACAAUCUGAUGGCCAGUAAGAUAUGGACACCAGACACAUUCUUUUAUAAUGGCAAGAAAUCGGUGGCGCAUAACAUGACCAUGCCAAACAAACUGCUCCGAAUACAAGAUGAUGGAACUCUUCUUUAUACAAUGAGGCUUACUGUUCAAGCUGAGUGCCCAAUGCAUCUGGAGGAUUUUCCAAUGGAUGCACAUGCUUGCCCCUUGAAAUUUGGAAGCUAUGCAUAUACCCGUUUUGAGGUGAAUUACAAUUGGACUUAUGGACCAGCUAAAUCUGUGGAGGUUGCAGAAGAUGGUUCUCGCCUGAAUCAGUAUGACCUACUCGGACAAACUGUGGGUGAAGAACUUAUCAGGUCCAGUACAGGCGAAUAUAAAGUCAUGACAACAUAUUUCCAUCUGAAAAGAAAAAUCGGAUACUUUGUGAUCCAGACCUACCUGCCAUGCAUCAUGACUGUCAUACUCUCACAAGUGUCAUUCUGGUUGAACAGAGAGUCAGUGCCUGCAAGGACUGUCUUUGGAGUGACAACAGUACUUACAAUGACAACUCUGAGUAUCAGUGCUCGAAACUCUCUUCCUAAAGUUGCUUAUGCCACUGCCAUGGACUGGUUUAUUGCAGUCUGCUAUGCCUUUGUGUUUUCUGCACUAAUAGAAUUUGCCACAGUAAAUUAUUUUACGAAAAGAGGCUGGGCUUGGGAUGGCAAAAGUGUUGUGAAUGAUAAGAAGAAAAAAAAGGCUUCCGUCAUGAAGAAAAAUAAUGCUUAUGCAGUGGCAGUUGCCAAUUAUGCACCUAAUAUCACCAAGGACUCAGUAUUGCCAACAAUUGCGAAGAGUGCAACUGCAGAGCCAAAAGAGGCCAAACCAGAGACCAAGCCACAGGAGGCCAAGAAAACAUUUAACAGCGUAAGCAAAAUUGACAGAAUGUCCAGGAUAAUGUUCCCAGUUUUAUUUGGAACUUUCAAUUUAGUGUACUGGGCUACAUACUUAAACAGAGAACCAGUUAUUAAAGAGAUAAAGAAUGAUGCCACAACAUAAUCAUUGAUGCAAUUUAAGCGUGUGGAAUUUCUAAAGGAUGAUGAUGCCAAAUACAACCGGUAAUUGCUAAUCUAUGUACUUUGGUAUGUUUUUGAAUUAAACCUUUACUUUAUCAUGUUUCAUUCAGAAAAGACCUGCAGAAUCCAUGCAACCCAUGUGUCAAUUUAUAAAAACGAUUCAAGCUACAAACUCAAUGAAGGAACAAUUGACAUAAGCUAUUGGAACAGUAAAUUGAUUAGUUAUAACAACAGACACAGAUGUCAUUUUUAAUAUGAUAGUCUGGACGAUAGUCUGGACAGUAAUCUGGCUGAGCAGACCACACAACUAUUGCAGAAUCCACAUGUUUUUCAUUGUAAUCAAAGGAUUACAAAUCAAAAGCUUUUACAAUGGGUUGUCAUCAUUCUGCCAGGUUACUGGCCAGGUGAAAGAUUGAAAUCUGCUUCCUUAAAGUAUGAUGGGCAAAGCAUGGGAUUAUGAAUUCAAAUGAGCCACAAUGUUUACAAGGUUUUGCAUAACAGAUACAUAGUCAAAGGAGUUCAUAUGUUAGCACUUAUUGGUUGAAUUAAACAAUUAGGUUACUACUCCUAUGAUUUUUAAAAAUGUAAUACCACAUGUUAUAUGAAAGUGUUGAUGGUUAAAAGUAGUAUCUAGUGAUUUUUAAUUUCCUGUGUCUAAUACACAAUUUACUUUGGUUCAAGUGCAAAACUUUAACUUGUAAAAAAAAGUUUAUAUAUUGUGCAAGAAAUACUUUACGUUUAAAGAAACGCAAAAGCUAGGUUUCUCUAAAAAAAAAUCUUAUAACACAACUUUAAUGUUUACUUUAUUGUAUUUCUUCCACAUUUGUUUUGUGUUGCCAUUUUGGUUUUAAUGUUGAAUAUUGAUGCAUGUGAUUUGGGGAUUUGCAUGAUGAUACCGGUGCCGAGGUCAUAGAGCAGAUCCUGUGACUAACCCAACAAUGGCAUCAUACAAUGCACAGAAAAAAUUGCCUCACUAACCACAUUAACAUCUCUGAAAUCCAUUUUAUCUUCAGAACCAACUUUAACAUUGCAGAACCUUGAGGGAUACAAUAAAGAAAAGUUAACCCAAAGCUGUGUUUGAUAGAUUUCCUUCCAAGAUUUUGGUCCAAGUCAAGAUAUUUUGUUAGAUAUUUUGUAAAGCAAAACAUAAAAAAAUCAGGGGAUUGCAAUUUAAGUAACACAAUUAUUUUCUCCUAGAAUCAUUUCUAAAAUGUGCUGCAAUUUUGAUAAGUUAACAACCUGCAAAAUUGUGUGAACAAUGAGUGCCAUUUAUUUUUUGUGUGUGUUUCUUUUAUUAAUCAACAAGUAGAAACAUGACAUUAAAUUGUUGGCAGGUCUUGGUGUUUACAUGUUGUCUUUAUCGUAGAAAUUGAUUAUUUUACAGAUGAUGAAAGAUAAAAGGGCCAAUUUUAACUUGGGUUUGGGAAUUGGUAAUGAUGAGGCUGAAGCAGGUGAUGUGCAGUCAAGUCAGAGGCAUUCAGAGAGCACGAUGUAGGUCCUUCGGCCCACAGGUACUUAUCUAUGCUGAUUCAUUUCUCAAGACCUUCCCUUAGCCUUUGGCAUUAUCAAAUGUUUAUCUAAAUAAAUGUGACUACUCAAUUUCACGAUUCAUUUCUAUUUGCUAUUUCUCAACCCAUCUUACUGAAUUUAAUUCUGUAGCCAAAGACAAUUCUCCAGAACACCACCAACUAUCUUCAAUGUCAUCUGCAAACUUACUUAUCUUAUCUCCUACAAUCACAUCCAUAUUGUAAAUGCAUAUAAGAAAGAGCAAGGCUCCCAGAGCCAAUUCCUACAGUACCCAUUAUGUCACAGACUUUUAAUCACUAAAAUAACCUUUAAUCAUCUCCUUCAACUUCCUAUCUUAGCUUUUGAACCAGUCUCUCAUGCAGAACCCUGCCAAAGAACGCACUGAAAUCCAUGUAGGCUACAUCAUUGCAAUAGUCUCAUUCACACACCUAGUCACCUCCUCAAACACCCACUCAGUUAAUCAGACGGAAUCUCCCAUUUUCAAAAUUGAUCCUUGAUCAAUUACUGCUUCUCCCAGUGUAUACUUGAGACACUCGGAGAAAGAAUAUUGAUUGACGCGGCUUGUAAUUGCCAGCCUUACUCCUGUUGCCCAUCUUGAACAGAGGCACCACAAUCACUGGCCACCAGUCAUCCAGCACUUCUUCUGUGACCUGAGGAAAAUUUACCAUUUCCAUCAGAGCUUCUCCAUCUCCUCACUUGUAAUGUGAGGCCUGGGAAACUUCAACUCCUGGACUUACUUUGUAUUUCACAACAGGAUACCAGCUCUCACUGCUGCUUGCAAUAAAUUGGCAAAUUUUCUCAAUCUUUUGCUGUAUGUCUACAGCAGACUCAGAUCACCGGUAAAGCCACUUGGUGCUUGUUAAAUCCAGGAGGACCAUUAACAGCAGAACGGUCGUUGUAACCUAAUUUUCCACUGGGUUCCGAUAACAGGAUCCAGAGUUGCAUUUUUAGAGAGGCAUGUUUUAGGUAUGCAGCAGAGCACCAAAUUUAUAUUUAACUAUUGAUGCUCCUCUGGUGCUGGAAAAUCAUUAAACUAAUUUAGGAAGUUUUAUUCUUAAAACCUCAAGUUAAAUCUCAUCUGCCCUUCGCGGAAAGUACAACUUAAAUCUGUUGAGGAUUUUGUUGGAGUGAUUGACUCUCAUUCUUUUAGAUUUUUAGAAUGUUAUGUUAAGCGAAGAAAAUUAAAACUUUGGACACAGAUCUAUAACAAAAAUAAAGAAAAUUAUGUUUUUCUAGUAUUUACUCAAUUAUAAUGCAUGCAAGUACAGAAAAAAAAGAACGUUAAUAAGCAGAAAUAAAACUGUGCAAUGGAAAGUGGAAAAAAACAUAUCUCAAUUAUUAUGGUGAUGUCCUUUUAUUUGUGUUCCCUCCUGGGAUUGUUCCUUUGUGAAGGAAAUGUUUUCAUAGGCAAUGUGGCAUGAUUAUAUCAAAUUCCUUAGUUUAUGGUGUAGGAAAAGUUCCAUAACCUAAUCCUAACAGACACACAGAUGUUUACCAAUAUUAUUUAUAUAUGCCAAAGAAAAACCUUAUCACAGAUUCUAUCUUAUCUAAUAUUGAAUGUGAAUUGGCCGCACUGCUCCAAAUAAGGAUGUUAUAGAUUGCAUGCUUACUAAGCAAUAAUGAAUGAAAAGUAUACCAUUACUACGUAAUUACUUCUGGUAUUGGUCUGAUCAAAAGAAACUUAAUAACCCGUCUCUGCUCCAGUAAUGCAAACCUAUAAAUAAAUUGGACACUUUUCAGGUUCACAUAAUAUGUAUGUGUCUCAAAUGUUUUUUCUUUUUUAACAAAAUUUGAAAUCUCAGUGAAUAGGAAAAAGUGCUUAUGCAUAAAUGCGGUAUAAUGGUAAAACCAUGAAAGCUACAAAAAUGAAGAUUGCUACAUUAAGCCUGACUGGAAUCCUAAUGAAGCCUCAAUAUUCCAAACCUUGGGGUUGAACUCCAUUGUAGGGAAAACGAUUCGGGUGUUUCAAAAUUGACAGUGUACAUUAAGCAGGUACAAUUUCCCCAGUGGUGUUUCCUAAUCACCCAUCACUCCUAUGGAAAGCCAGCAGGAAUGUUGAAGAAAUGGCUUAAAUGGCAUUUUGCGCCAGGUUUCUGCUGUGGGUAUGAAUCUAUAACAUUUCCCCCAACAAGUCAUGGAAAAUCUACGUCUGCUAAUUAUUCCAUGAUCAUUUCAGAUUUUGUUUAUUGAGCAACGUCUUCAUGUAAAAUAUAGAAACAUCCUACUCAAUUUCAUUCUAUUACAGUUAUAUUCACAUGAGUAAAUAUUGAAGCACAUUUGCUGGGUAAGAUAUUGAAUUAAGUACCAAAAUUGAUAAAGUGAGUUGAUAAUAAAUUAUUUAUUGGACAAUUUUAUUUUCCAAGCAGAGAACUAGAAAGUUGUUCUGGAUUUACAAUUGAGGGAUACCAGCUAAUUCUAAUGGCCAGAAAAACAUCCAUUUGGUGGCCCACCUAGAGUUGGCACUGAGAGGAGACUGAUUGGCACUGAUGGCAGACAAAGAGUGGAUACCCCACUUACACUCAAUUUAGGCAUUGGUGAGGCAUUGGAAUCUGCCAGUAAGAGAGGUCAGUGAAGACUGGACUUCCCAGCCGGGAGAAAUAUUCUUACUCCUCCUGAUCACUUAUAGAUAGUCUUGCUAAUGACCUUUUGGUCCUGCCUACAGAAUUUAAUGAAUCUAAAGAACGGUCCAAAACAUCACCCAUCCUUCUUCUCCAGAGAUGCUGCCUGUCCCAUUGAAUUGCUCCAGCACUUUAGGUCUAUCUUCGGUAUAAACCAGCAUCUGCAUUUCCUUUCCCUACAGAAUUAAUUAGUUGUAACAUUCUUUAUGGUCAUACAAGAAAGAUUUUUUGUUUGUAGCUAUACCUCACCAUACUUGCAUAUCACAAUAAACUCGACUUGAUUUGUACAUUGUAUGUCACAGUAAUUGGGCCAUUAAAAUAGUUGCAUUACUCUUUUAUCUUUUGAAGUAAUAUGACCCUGAUUUUCAUGGAAUUAAUGAACCACACAGAUUGUUCAAGCAUCAGUUUCAAGAGGCUGAGAACUGGGCUCUAAACUCCAAUCCUGUGCUGUGCUUUGUGAGACUGAGUUUUGAUGCUCAUGAGGGAAUGGGUUUCCAUUUCUCCAAUGUGGAAGUGGGCAAUAGGCGUAGAAGUUAGACACAAAAAGCUGGAGUAACUCAGCGGAUCGGGCAGCAUCUCUGGAGAAAAGGA